AUGGAACAGCCCUGCUGCGUAUGCAAGGACGAAAAAUCGAGGCGCGAUGAGUGCAUGCUCUUCUCCACGGCCAAGGAUCCUGCUGCCGACUGCAGGUCACUUGUCGACCAAUACAAGAGCUGCAUGCAGGGCUUCGGGUUCACUGUUUAA